AUGCAGUUGGUAAAUGAUGAAGAAGGAAGACGCCCGAUGGAGAGGACUAAUAUCAUGGUAUCUCCAGACAGCAUUCAGUCGACUCCAGAUUGGUGCAAUCAGAAGAUCUUCCAACGCAAUCGUCUGCCCCCUCGUUCCUACUAUAUUCCGGAGACGGCCAUGUGCUUGAACGGGAAAUGGUCCUUCAAUUACUCUCCGAGCCCUCAACAGGCGCCUGACUGUAAAAGAUUCAGCACGAAUUCCCCAUACGAUCUAAAAAGGCAGGAGGUUUCCUGGGCCCCCAUCAAUGUUCCAGGCCAUUGGCAAUUGCAGGGUUAUGGCAGACCUCAUUACACAAACGUCGUCUACCCCUUUCCCGUCUGUCCACCUGAUGCACCAACCGAGAAUCCCACUGGAACUUAUUGUCGAGAUUUCGAUCUCCCCUCCACAUUCAACGAGUCUAGUCAGCUGAGAAUGAGGUUUGACGGAGUCGACAGCGCGUUCUAUCUGUGGCUGAAUGGAGUGGAGAUUGGCUAUGCUCAAGGGAGUAGAAAUCCGGCAGAAUUCGAUGUCACAAGGCACGUGGUGAGAGGCAAACCCAACCAUGUCCUGGUCAAAGUUCUCCAAUGGUGCUCCGGAAGCUAUAUCGAAGAUCAAGAUCAAUGGUGGCUCUCUGGCAUCUUUCGCGACGUGCAUCUAAUAGCAUUUCCAGGUCGGACACGAAUCGAUGAUUUUUUCAUCAGGACGCAUCUUGAUGGAAAGUACGAGGACGCAGAAUUGGACGUUGACCUCGAUCUGGUGUUGGAUGAUGAUUGCUGCCUGUCCUUGACACUUGGGGAUACCGAAGGCAGAACUAUCAACAAGGAGGAGCAUAUCCUCAUUUCAGCAAGAUCUACAAAAUACUCACAUUCGAUCAAAGUCUCGAAUCCACGCAAAUGGACUGCAGAGACACCUUAUCUCUACCGGUUAGAUAUAUGCCUUUGCCCAGUCAAAGAUGGUACUACUCCGAUUCACUCUAUCCACCACCGUGUCGGUUUUCGCUCCGUUGAGCUCAAAAAUGGCAACAUCUGCGUCAACGGAAAAGCCAUUCUAUUCCAAGGCUCGAAUCGUCAUGACAACCACCCGCACGUCGGCCGAGCGGUAUCACUCGACUGGGUUCGUCGCGACCUCCUGCUUAUGAAGAAGCACAACAUCAAUGCAGUGCGAUGUUCUCAUUAUCCCUCCCACCCUGGACUCCCUGGCCUGUGUGAUGAAUUGGGUUUGUGGGUCAUUGACGAAGCAGAUCUCGAAUGCCAUGGCUUUGCUACUGCAGCCGCUUUAGGGCUCAAUCUUGACGCCCUGGGUUACGAUGAGAAGGUACAACGUACAUCCAAAGACGCUGCAGAUUACACCUCUGACAACGUCGAGUGGGAAUCUGCCUAUCUUGAUCGGAUGCACCAGUUGGUUGAACGGGACAAGAACCAUCCAAGUGUUAUCAUCUGGUCGUUGGGCAAUGAAGCAUUCUACGGCCGUAAUCACGCUGCCAUGUCCAAGUGGGCGAAGCAGCGUGAUGCUGGCCGCCUGAUACAUUACGAGCCAGACUGGCAAGCCAAGUCCACCGACAUGAUAUCUCACAUGUACACAUCUCCUGCAGACUUGAAGAGGGAGGCAGAGUCCGAGGGCGAUGAUUUCGAGAAACCCAUCGUCCUCUGUGAAUAUGCCCAUGCAAUGGGUAACGGUCCAGGGCUUUUGGGCACGUACCGAUCCCUCUUCCGCUCUCACAGACGGCUUCAAGGAGGAUUCGUCUGGGAAUGGGCGAACCACGGACUCUGGAAAGAAGAUGCCGACGGUAAAAAAUACUAUGCUUAUGGUGGCGACUUUGGAGAUGUGCCGAACGAUGGCACAUUCGUCAUGGACGGGCUGUGUCACAGUGACCAUACACCCACUCGGGGCUUGGUAGAACUGAAGAAGAUAUACGAGCCAAUUGAGGCCAUGCUUGACGGGACAGAUCUCAUUUUGCGAAACCAUUACGACUUCAUUGGAUUGGAACAUGUCAGGGCGGAGUACGACGUCCAAGCUUGUACGCAAGGGACCAAGCUCAUUGCGGCCGGAGUACUAGCCAUUCCCGCAGUCCCACCAGGCAAGGAAGGAAGAAUCCAUCUUCCAGAUGAUGUCUUCAAGAACAAGACUCCCCACGAAUGCUGGUUCACGGUUUCAUUCCGGCUGAAAAGGGACAAGCGAUGGGCAAAGGCCGGCCAUGUGAUAGCGUGGUAUCAGACUCAACUGAGCAAGCCCGCCACAAAUCUCAAGUCAUCCUUCACCAGCGUUCUCUCUUCCGAGCACGGAAGCAAAGUAGGGACAACUUCAUCUCCCGCUUCUUCCAGCGCGCCAGUGCUCACCUUCUCCUCAACCCAUCUGGACUACAAAAUCUCCAACUCCACAACCACCAUCACCUUCGACCGCGUCCGCGGGCAGAUCUCCUCGUUCACCCACAACUCCAACCCAGUGCUGUCCGACACCCGUGUUGAGAGCGACAACCCGGCCUCGCCCUCCCCGUUGCUCUCUCUGGACUUUUGGCGACCACCUACCGACAAUGACGUUGCAUGGCAGACGGGCGAAUGGAAAAGAUACGGUCUGCAUAUGAUGACAAGUCGGUUGAGGAGGUUCGAGGCGAGCAUGCAGCCGAGUUCGACGCCCUCGACAAGGAUCAACGCGGAUUCGGCGGACGAGGUCGUGGAGGUUCCGGUGGUGACAUUGAAAGCCGAGCAUUCUCUCUCCCCACCAAGUCUGGCCUGGCAUUUUGAUGCUAUUACUACCUACACUAUCAGCACCGCUUCGACUGCCAGUCCCAGCAGUAGCAACCACGUCGACUACUCCUCGACCGCAGGUACGGAACCUCGACUGACGAUGCAAAUCCACACGCGCCUUAUCCCGCAUGGCUCGCACCCACGCAACCUGCCCCGGAUCGGCCAUUGCAUCCAACUCGCACCUCAAUACAAAUACGUAAAAUGGUUCGGCCGCGGGCCGCUAGAGUCUUAUAAUGACAAAUACCUCUCUCAGCAGGUGGGGAUCUGGGAACGCAAAAUCACCGACAUGGCACAACACUACGAAGUACCCCAGGAGAACGGGAACCGAAGUCAAGUACGGUGGUGCACGGUAUCGGCGGUACCGUCAGAGGACGGCCCUCUCUUUGCAGAGGUUGGAGACGGCAACAACGACAACGACGGUGCCGACGGGAAGGCAAGGCAAGGUCCUCUAACUAGCGAAGUCAUCCCAGUCCCCAUCUUCGGCGCAACGUACCUCCCAGGCCCCAAUGCCGAGCAAGAUCGUCCACACAUGCAAUUCUCCACGCAGCUUUACGACGCCGCAACGCUCGCCAACGCAAAGCACCCAUGCGACCUGCUCGAGCCGGGCAAGAGGAGGAACGGUGCCCUGUGGCGCCUCGACGCGGACGUCGCUGGCGUAGGCACCGCAGCGUGUGGGCCUGGAACGGAGGAGAAGGACCAGGUGCUGUGCCGUGAGAUGGAGUGGACUUUGGUUCUGCAAGUUCUAUGA